AUGUACGAAAGAUACGAACAAUGGAUGGUUUGUUAUGGACGUGAAUACAAUGAUGUUAAUGAGAAGCAGAAGCGUUUUAAGAUAUUCAAGAAGAAUGUGGCAUACAUAGAAUCCUCUAAUAGCGAUGUAAACAAAUCUUACAAAUUAAGUGUAAAUCAAUUUGCAGACCAAACGAAUGAAGAAGUGAAAGCCUCAAGAAAUGGAUUCAGAGGGCGUGAGUACUCCAUAAAGACUACUUCUUUCAAAUAUGAAAAUAUGACAUUUGUACCAGCUACCUUUGAUUGGAGAGGCAAAGGAGCUGUAACACCUAUGAAGGACCAAGGCCAAUGUGAGCAAGAGGUGGUUGAUUGUGACACCAAUGGCGAAGACCUAGGAUGUGGCGGUGGCUGGCCCGAUGGUGCCUUUGAGUUUGUUUACACCAUAAUCAACCGAGCAUAUCCAGCAUCAAAACGACUGGUGCUAAGGCAGACACGUCUUUUCCCUUGCUGA